AUGACUGAAGAAAACAAUGAAGAAACAUCUACUUCUUUUUCCUAUGAGGACGACGAAGCCAUUCCAUGUGAUAAACUGGACAUCCAGAUGUCAGGAAAAGUCUUCCUGCCUAUAUUGUAUGGCCUGGUCUUCAGCAUUGGCCUGGUAGGAAAUUUUCUAGUGGUUCUCACCAUUCUGAAAGCCAGACACCAAAAGAGCAUCACUGAUAUAUUUUUUCUGAAUUUGGCCAUCUCUGAUCUUCUUUUUGUGAUUUCUCUUCCUUUUUGGGCUUCUUAUAUUAUACAUGAUUGGACCCUUGGGACCUUCGCAUGCCAAAUAGUUUCUUCUUUCUAUUCUGUGGGCUUCUUUGGUGGCAUGUUUUUCAUCACCUUCAUAAGCAUUGACAGAUACCUGGCUAUUGUUCGGGCGACGUGUGUUAUGAAAUCCAGAACAGUCACCUAUGGAUAUCUUACUAGUAUAUCAGUAUGGGCCCUAGCAGUUUUCUUUGCAAGCCCCCAUUUUAUAUUCAUCCACAAGUCGUCUGACAGAAAGUGUACUUCAUCGUAUCCAGAACAUCUUAACAUAAUAUGGCCUGUUUUCAGCUACUUGGAAAUGAACGUCAUUGGAUUUCUUCUCCCAAUGUGCAUCAUGAGCUUUUGCUAUCUGCAGAUCAUCAGAACAUUGCUGUCCUGCAAAAACCAGCGCAAACAAAAAGCUAUGAAAGUGAUUUUACUGGUGGUAAUCGUAUUUUUUCUCUUCUGGACUCCAUAUCACAUCUCACUUUUUCUGCAGGUGCUACAGUACUUUGAAGUCUUCAAAAACUGCAGUUCCUUAAGGUUUCUGGAUUACACUGUACAAGUGACUGAGAUAGUAGCUUUCAGCCACUGCUGUCUUNUGGAGAUAACCCAGGAAACAUUUUGGCUAACCUCUAUGAUUGAUUGUUUGCUUUUCAUAAAUUUCCUACCCAAAGAGCCCAAGACAAUUUGUUGGGAAACAACAAUAAGUGUAACACAAGUGUAUCGCAGCCAAUUAUAA